UGUGAGAAUGUGACAUUUGAAAAACAGUUGUUAGAUUUUUAUUUUUGGGUUAUUGUUAUGCUAUUUUAACAAAUAAACAGGAAAGACGCCCGUGCAGAAUAGAAAUAAGGCCCUGUGAUGUAAUUCAAUAUGAAGACAUGUAGUCCAAUGUGAUAUUAUUUAAGUUGUCUGAAGUGGUUGUGUUUACUCAAUUAAAAUGACUUCUAUUGAUGUAACAAUGAUAGAAAGACUGAGAAAAGAAAAUUUAGACCAAUUUUUUACGUUAGUUCGUAUGCAUUUAUCAUUUGUUGUAGAUAUAAACACGGACGAUGUUGAUUGUUCAACAGAUAAACCAAAGCAAUUCCGUUGGAAUUUUCAUAAGAAAACUAAGAACCCUAGUUCAUUAUCUAGUCAAAACAAUGUUAAUUCAAUAAAAAAUACAGCUGAAGCAAAUUCUAUCACAGAAGAAGGAAUUUUGAGACUAAACGAGCUAAUAGACUUUUUAUCUCAGCCAGAGAAUGUAACUCAAGAAGGCAUAUUUCGGCGAACCGGCUCUCUCAGCAGGCAGCAAGAGUUACGGCAGCUACUGGUAACUGGAACUAACCUUGGUCUCGAAGACAGCAAGUUUUCGGUCCACGAUUGUGCUUCGGUACUAAAAGGGUUCCUUGCAGAGCUACCGCAACCACUCUUGAUGGAUCAGUAUUAUCAAACGUAUUGCACUUUAGCCACGCAAUACCCACCAAAUGCAGAAUCAUCAGAGGACAAACUCCUGAUUGCCCUGCAGUUGUUGCUCCUACUGUUAACGCCUUCACACAGGAACUUUCUGGAAAGGUUGCUCAAACUACUUCGUCUUGUCGCCGACAAUGAAGCGUCGAAUCGCAUGUCUCCGGACACUCUGGCUACAAUGUUCACACCACAUUUAUUGUGUCCGAGAAAGUUAUCCCCAGAGCAUUUCCACGCGGACUCCAUAGCUUUAGCGCCGGUGAUCAGCUUCAUGAUCCGGCACUGCGGGCAGCUGUUCGCGGCGCCGGCCCGCCUCGCGACCGACGCGCGCGCUUACUUCACGGCGCGGGAAAGGAAGAAAGUGCUGUCGCCUGAUGUGGACUUGGAUGAGAGCAUCACUGACAGGACCGCAGCGAACACAGUGUACACAUUCGUCGAUCGCCACCGAACGCGGGCAGAAAACGAAAGCAAUCCAACGGACACGGCGCUGGCGCAGCUUUACGCACACAUACAAGCGCUGCCCGACUCGCACCACAAGCGCCGCCUCAUCAAGCACUUCAACCGCCAGAACGGAUACGGUACCCCCAUCCAAAUCCAGAGGACGGGUAAAGUGGCAGGCUCGCGUAGUUUCGGCGACUCCAUCAAACGGCACAUCUUCAACAAGGGACUCCUCAACAAGACGCCGAAGAAAGGAUCAGGGUCUACUAUCAACACCGUUGAAGAGAAGUCAAGCAAAGGGAAGUUGCGUUUUACCGACGACAGUAAAGUCGAUGUAUCGCACAAGAAUAUCGUCCUAAAGAAUCUGGCCAACAAAAUCGCCAGCACAGAAUCUCUAGACAACGAAGACUACGAUUCCGAUGCAAGCAACGAAAGCACGCUUUCAGAGGGCGCUUUAAGUGUAUCAAGGAAACACAGCCCGAAGUUUGUUUCCGAACCGAAUUUGAGCGUUUUGGACUCGGAGGAAACUCCGAAAAACACGAAGAAACGCGGAACGAGGUUGUUCCGUUCGAAAAUCUUAUCCGCAUCGCAGAAUUUGAACAAAAAGUACCAGAAACGUAGCGCGGUUAUCAAAGGAACGCCGACGUCAUGCGUUGCUUGUUUCGAUGAUGACAAUUCGGACGCGUCGUUUCCCGAUUCGAGCGAUCGGAGUCCGAUAGUGGAUACGCCAAAGAAGACUCGCUUAGACACGGAAGAUUCGAACGUACAGAAGGAAAUGAAGCUGCAUUAUUUAACCAGCACGCCGGGGUUAUCUGAAGCCGUGGUUUUCGACGAAGAGUGCGUCACACCGUUCGCUGUCAAUUUUAGAAGAGCCUCAAUGUCACCUAUAACGAAGUCUACGCAGAAACUGUCAAAAGCUAUGCAGGAGUCAAUAAUGACGCCACGCUCGCGGAAGCCUCUCAUAAUAACCUCGGAACAGCGCGACAGCCUGCCAGAGACAAGCGACAAGAAGCCGGAACCAGAGCCAACGCGUGACGUCAUGUAUCACUCGAUGUCGCCGAAGAAUGACAGCGACUUCGUCUCGUCUGAAGAUGAGGAUCUUAUGUCGCGGUCGUCGUUUUCUUGUGAACGAUCGCACCACUCAAAUGCGUCGCUGCAACCAAAACCAUACGACGCGCGAUCACUCUCAGUCGGCGACGUAAGUCCUUUGCGCUCUGAAAACACACGAUUCAUCAUCAGCCACGAACGACCGAACCUGAUCGAAGAACAACUAAACACCACCUUGUGUGGAGACGCCCUUAUACCAACGUUCAAAGUCUCCCACGAAAUGACCAACUUUGUCGACCAAAAAACACGUUCUUUAACCGAACCCUUCAGAGAGUAUCUACUAAGUCGUUCAGUAUUAACAGCCACACCGGUCGAUCUAUCGAUUUUAAAUAAAUCGAGCGACACCGAAGACAAAAUCACCGAUUCUUUGCUAUACUGCCUCGACGGUAACGUUCCAUCUGAGUUAACUUUAUCGAUUAGUAACUUGGCGGUCGAUAAAGAUUCGAGUUUGAGAUCGCCGCUGAAGGAUAUCCAUAAUUUUGUGGAAAUGAGUCCAAGCAGGAAACGAUGUGCUAGCUCGAAAGAAGUGGCCGAGUCUGAAAGCAAAAAGGUGAUAGUUGAAAAGGAGAGUACCGAAAUCGCUAGCGUUUUUGAGAUACGCGAGACUGAGCUUUGAAGAUAUAAAAUCUACUUGUUU